AUGGAGCCGGUCACAGGAAGUCCACCGAAGGGUGGGUUUUCGCUAGUCCUACAAAACCCCUUCUUGUGCGGUGUAGCAUCGUUCUCCACCUUGGGUGGCCUACUCUUCGGCUAUGAUCAAGGUGUCAUCAGCGGUGUGAUUACAAUGGAGUCUUUUGGGGCUCGUUUCCCGCGGGUCUUUUCUGAUAGUGGGUUCAAGGGGUGGUUUGUGUCGACGCUUCUACUUGCCGCUUGGCUAGGAUCUUUGAUCAAUGGUCCUAUCUCUGAUCGAGUUGGACGGAAGGUCUCUAUGAACCUAGCUGUGAUCGUUUUUGUAAUCGGAUCAGCUAUCCAAUGUGCCGCAGUGACCAUCCCCAUGCUGUUUGUCGGUCGAGCAAUUGCCGGGCUUGCAAUCGGAAUGCUUACCAUGGUGGUGCCACUAUACAUCUCUGAGGUAUCUAUUCCAGAGAUCCGUGGUGGUCUUGUAGUGGUACAGCAAUUAUCCGUUACAAUUGGUAUUCUGAUCAGCUACUGGCUCGACUAUGGAACCAACUACAUCGGUGGCACUCGGUGUGCUCCCAAUAUUCCCUACACGGGGGGAACGACUACCUCCCCCUCCUUUGACCCUUAUCAGGAUGUUCCUUCUGGCGGCUGUACAGGCCAGUCCGAAGCUUCUUGGCGCCUUCCACUGGCUCUCCAGAUUGUCCCAGCAAUUACCUUAGGUAUUGGUAUGCUGUUCUUCCCAGAUUCACCACGAUGGUUGUUGAUGAAGGAGCGAGACGAUGACUCGCUUGCCGCACUAUCACGAUUGCGCCGCCAAUCUAUUGAUGACCCCGUUCUCCAGAAUGAGUACCUAGAGAUAAAAGCAUCCAUUAUGUUGGAAAAAUCAUUCGCCAAAGAGCAUUUCCCCAAUCUAUCGGGCUUCAAGCUUCAUAUUGCCCAGUACAUCUCACUUUUGACGAACUGGGCUCGAUUCCGAAGGUUGGCUAUAGGCUGCACUGUGAUGUUCUUCCAACAAUUCAUGGGCUGCAAUGCUAUGAUCUACUAUGCUCCUACGAUCUUUGCUCAACUCGGGUUAAGCGGAAACACGACUUCACUCCUCGCAACAGGUGUAUACGGCAUUGUCAAUUGCCUGAGUACCCUCCCAGCUCUGUUUUUCAUAGACAGAGUUGGCCGUCGCCCUCUGCUAAUGGCUGGUGCCACUGGUACCUGUAUCUCGCUGGCAAUUGUGGGUGGUAUCCUGGGAGGGUAUGGCGCUAGCUUGCCGGAUCACAAAGCGGCUGGAUGGGUUGGUAUUGCAUUCAUCUAUAUUUAUGACAUCAACUUUUCAUACUCCUUCGCUCCAAUUGGAUGGGUGUUACCUUCGGAGAUAUUCAAUCUAUCCAUCCGAGCUAAGGCCAUGUCUAUCACAACCUCUGCGACUUGGAUGUGUAACUUUAUUAUUGGACUUGUUACCCCGGAAAUGCUUGAUUCCAUUACGUAUGGUACCUACAUUUUCUUCGCGGUUUUCUGUCUCCUUGCGCUUGCAUUUACGUUUUUCUGUAUCCCCGAGACACGAGGAAAGACUCUUGAAGAUAUGGAUCUCAUCUUCGGGGACACGACUGCGCAUGAAGAGAAGAAGCGGAUCAAGCGUAUAGAGGCACUCCUGCGUGGUACCCAUAUUGACGAUGACGAUGAUACUUCAUUGAAACCGGUGGAUGAACAUGUGGAGAGACAUCAAAAUGCAGAUGGU